AUGGGAUGGGUUGACGUCGCCGGAGAAGAAGGCGGCACCGCCGCGGUUGGCCGACCACCACCGUCUUCUCCGGCAGGUAUAACCAAUUUGGAUGUUGCUCGUCUCUCUGUUAUUCCCGCCGCGGACAUUGAUUUGAGCCAACCCAUCUCCAUUGAUGUCUCCGCUUCUGCAUGUUCUAAUCAAGGUAAUCCCUCUAGUAUUUCGUCUGGUUCAACUCCUGUCACUAAGUAUAAGGAAGGAACACAAUAUACUGAUCGUGUUAUAAGAGACAUAGUUACUAGAAUUAUUAAUGAAGGGUUGCGCUCUCUAGGGAAAACCGUGUCUGACAAAGGGAAAUUUGUGGCCUUCAACACGACUAAUGCUUCCCACUCUGAGAAGUAUGAUGAUGCAAAUGUUGUGAUUGAUCUAGAGGAUGGUAGCUCUGAUGAUCAAGAGGAAAGCUUGAUUCAUCACAUAAAGCCAAGUGUGGCUAAACGCAUGAAGACUCGCAAAGGAAAAUUUGUGGCUGAACUUAUGUCAGCUAGAGAAGCCAAGAAGACUACUGUCAUUGGUCCCUCCAAACCAUGGAGCAAGGUUGAAAUAAAGAAGAGGAAGGUCAGAGAUGAUUCUAAGCCUGAAGAGGAUGUUGAGGAAGAUGUCCUUGACAUCUCGCAUGCGAAGAAAACUACUGUUAGGAAGUCUCCUGUUAAAGUACAUGUUGUUCAUUUGGAUAACAUCUCCUUCCAUCUUGAGGAUGGAGCUGCUAAGUGGAAAUUUGUGAUUCAGAGAAGGGUAGCUGUGGAAAGGGAAUUGGGAAAAGAUGUUGUUGAUGUCAAGGAGGUCAUGGAACUGAUACAAGCUGUUGGGCUUUUGAAGACUGUUGUUGGGUUCUCUCAAUGCUACGAAGGUUUAGUCAAGGAAUUUAUUGUUAAUAUUCCUGAGGAUAUUUCUGAUAAGAACAGCAAGGAGUUCUACAAGGUGUAUGUGAGGGGUAAGUGUAUAACAUUAUCUCCUACUGUUAUUAAUAACUUUCUAGGCAGAAAUAAUGAGGGUGCAGGAGAAUUAGAGGUUACAGACAAUCAGGUCUGUAGGGAGAUUACUGCUAAGCAGGUGAAAGUUUGGCCUUUUAAAAAGCAUCUUCCUGCUGGGAAGUUGACUAUCAAGUAUGUUAUCCUGCAUCAAAUAGGAGCUGCUAAUUGGAUCCCUACCAAUCAUAUCUCCACCAUUGCUAAUACUCUUGGGAGGUUUAUUUUUGCUGUUGGGACAAAAGUGAAAUUUGACUAUGGUAGAUAUAUGUUUGAUCAAAUCAUCAAGCAUGCAACUACUAAUGCAGUUAAGCUGCCAAUUGCUUUUCCCUAUAUGAUAUAUGGAAUUAUCUUGAAUCAACAUCCUGAUAUUCUGUGCUCAAAUGAUUUACCUAGUAUGAGAAAACCAUCUCUUUCUAUGCACUACAAACUCUUUAAAGGCAGUCAUGUCGAGGAUAUUGUCAUGACAUCUGCCAUGAGGAGGCCAAUCUCAAAAGCUGAGGGUGAAAAUGUUGAACAUGCUAAUGUCAGCCAUGAAGAAGAAGCUGAAGCCCACACGUUUAGUGAGAGAUCUGCUAACAAUGAUGAUGCGAGUGACAAUUCUGCUUCUGGUCCUGCUGAAGAGGCUGCAAACUCAAGCUCUACUGAGUAG